AUGCCAGGAUGGGAGUGGUGCAGAAAUGAUACAAAUGAAGUUAGAGGCAGAAUUUGGGUUGUAUGGAAUCCUACUAUGGUCAAAUUCACAAGGGUGGAAUCAUCAGUUCAAUAUGUACAUGGCCUGGUAGAUAUGCAGCAAAGUGGUUUUAAGUUUCUAUUCACAGCAGUGUAUGGUCUGCACACCAUAGCUACCAGGAGCUCAUUAUGGGAAAAGGUAAAACAGCUAAGCACACACAUCAGGGAACCAUGGAUGAUCAUGGGAUAUUUUAACUCAAUUUUUGCACAAGAGGAUAGACCCAUUGGGAGUCAAGUACAGCUGGAAGAAACCAAAGAUUUUAGAGAAUGCAUGAUUCACAGUAAUAUCACAGAACUACACACAGUAGGGAGGCAAUAUACAUGGAAUAAUGGGCAUAUGUUUAGUAGGAUAGACAGAGCACUGGUGAAUGAUGAAUGGGUAAUCAGAAUGCCACCUUUACAAGGGAUGGUGAUGGAGCCCCUAUUCUCAGACCACUCCCCUCUGAGUAUAGAAGUAGAAACACAAAGAGACUUAAGGAAGAAGCCAUUUAGAUUUUAUAACUGCUUAGCACAACAUCCUGAUUUCAAACCCACAAUACAGACAAGCUGGCAACGACAAAAUGGAGGAAUGCAAAGGGUGUGGAAUAAUCUGAAGAUUGUAAGAAGAGAAAUGCAACAUUUAAACAACAAGGAGUAUAUAGGGGUCACAGGAAAGGUCCAACAGUUACGAAGCAAACUUAUGGCCAAACAGAAUCAAAUGCAAAAUACACCUAUUCCACAACACAUGAUAGAAGAAAAGAAGGAGAUGAGGGCACAAUUGACCAAAUGGAGCUUAAUUGAAGAGUCCAUUUAUAAACAAAAGUCUCGAAUGCAAUGGCUCAAAUUGGGGGACUCAAACACUGCAUAUUUCUUUGCAAGUAUGAAAGGAAGGAAAACUGAGAAUCAAAUCAUAAUGCUCACCAAAGAAGAUGGCACAAUCAUCAGGAAUCUAGAUGACAUUACAAAAGAAGUUGUGGGGUUUUACAAAGGGCUGUUAGGAAAAUCAAUUUCACCCAUGCCAACCAUGCACCCAGCAGCAAUGAGAGAUGGCCCUGUGCUCACUAGAACACAACAACUUGCACUCAUACAACAUUUUACUACAGAGGAUGUCCUAACAGCACUCAAAGGAAUUUAUGAUAAUAAAGCACCAGGAGGAGCAGAUGGUUUCAAUGCACACUUUUUCAAACAUACAUGGACAACAAUAUGA